AAGGUUUCGCCUUUCAGACCAAGAACACCACAACGACGGACAUAGAAACUCAGAGAUAUAGCAAUAAAGGGAUUCGGGAUACAUAGAAGAUAAGAAUCCGAAAAUUUUCUCUACUUCUUGUUUCUUCUCGAUCUGGAUUGACGAGCGAGUCUCUCUCUGAGCGCUCUUCGAGUCUAAGCUCCCAGAUUAUUUCGCGAUCUGCCAUCGCAGUUCUUCAAUUUCCCUGGGUUUUUGAAUUGGAACGACUGCUGAACAGUGGACGCGGAUUGAAGCAUGAGCAUCGACAGCCCCUGGAGAGGGGAGAACUAGGGUUCCGAAUCACAGGAUUAGACGGGGGAUUUCCAUGGGCGAUGGGGGUGUUGCAUGCAUGCCUUUGCAGCAGCAUAUUAUGAAGAGGUUUCCAAUUGCAGACAAAGCGCUUUGCGGAGGCAGUAAUGGCAACGGCAACAGUACCAGCAAUGGGCUCAAUUCCAAGUCUAUUAAGCUCCCAGAUACACAACCAAAGAAGAAGAUUAUAAAGAAGAUAAAAAGACUGGUUCCUGUGAAGAAGGGAGUGUUGAAGAAAAGUGAAUUAGCUACAGGGAAAGAAGAGAGUACGAAGAAGGAAGUAGAAGGCAGUUUGAAUUCUGUGGAUAAGGCGCAGAAAGAAGAUGUGGAAGAGGGCGAGUUAGGGACUUUGAAGUGGCCGGAUAAUGGGCAGCUUGUUCUGGACAAGGUGGUGAGAAGCAGCGAGAUUGAGAAGGGAGAGAUAGUUGGUGAUAAAGGGGGAAAAGGAGGGGAGGGGGAGAAACCGGAGAAAGGUGAGAUUGUUGCAGGGAAAUGGCGAAAAGGAGGGGAUCUGGAGAAGGGUGAUGUGGUCCUGGAGAAGGACAGGAAAGCUGAUCCUCAGAAGGCGGAAAUGACUAAUUGGAAAGUUGCCAAAGACGAAAUUGAGAAAGGAGAGUUUAUUCCAGAUAGAUGGCAUAAGGGGGAUUUAGCCAGGGAAGAGUACAGUUAUGGUAGGUCUAGAAGAUUUGAUGCUAGCAGAGAGCAUACACCACCUUCUGGGAAGUAUUCAAGUGAGGACAUUUAUCGCAGAAAAGAACUCAACAGAAGUGGGAGCCAGCACAGUAGGAGCUCCUAUAAGUGGGAGAGUGGCCAAGAGAAGAAUACAAGGCUCAGUUCAAAAAUCGUGGAUGAGGAUGGUCCAUAUAAGAAUGAAUAUAGCAAUGGAAAGAACCAUGGGAGAGAGUACUCUUCUAGUAACCGCUUGAAGCGUUAUGGUAUUGAUUCUGAUAUCAGUGAUCGCAGGCAUUAUGGAGACUAUGAGGAUUAUACAGGUUCUAAAAGCAGGAGGCUCUCCGAUGACUGCUCACGCUCUUCCCAUUCAGAUCAUUAUUCUCGGCAUUCUGUGGAAAGGUUCUACAGGAACUCUUCUUCUUCCAAAAUUGCUUCAUUGGACAAGCUUUUGUCUAGGCAUCAUGAUUCUUCAUCUUCUAGAGUAUUCUAUGACCGACAUGGGCGUAGCCCUGGUCGUUCUGAGCGGUCCCCACAUGACAGGGCUCGUCAUGAUGAUAAUCUGGAGCGGAGUCCAGUUCGUCGUGAGAGAUCUCCAUAUGGUCGGGACAGAUCACCUUAUGGCCGUGAGAGACUCCCUUAUGGUCGUAAAAGAUCCCCAUAUGGUCAUGAAAAAUCUCCUUAUGAUCGCAGCCGCCAUUAUGAUCAUAGAAAUCGCAGUCCUGCUCGUUCAGAGCGUUCUCCGCAUGAUCGAGGUAGAUAUCAUGAUCGCAGGGAUCGAACCCCAAGUUUUAUGGCCAAGUCUCCCCUUAACUAUAAUAGGCCUAACAAUUGUCGAGAAGCAAAUCGUAAAAGUGGAGCUAGUGAGAAGCUUAAUCUACAAAAAAGUAAUAAAGAACAAGAAGAUAAGCUCACUGAGAGCUAUCAUAGUGGCAGAGACUUACAAAUUUCAGCUAAAGAAUCUCAUGAUAGAAGCAGAGUUCGUAGUUUUGAUGGAUUAGAUGAGAAAAAGGAAAACUCUGAGUCUCACAAAGAAAAGGAGUCUCAAAGUCCUAGCAUUUGUGAAGAGUCUACUAAUGUUAAUGGAGGUCCCCACGAGGAGCUGCUUUCCAUGGAAGAAGAUAUGGAUAUAUGUGAUACGCCACCUCAUGUCUCUUUGGUACCUGAUUCUUCUAAGGGGAAAUGGAUUUACCUUGAUUAUUUGGGGGUUCAAUGCGGACCUUCAAAAUUAUGUGAACUUAAGCAACUUGUGGAAGAGGGGUUACUUGUGUCAGAUCACUUGAUCAAGCACUUAGAUUCUGACAGAUGGGUAACUGUUGAAAAUGCUGUCUCGCCUAUUGUAACUGUUAAUUUUUCAUCCGUUGUAUCAGACACUAUAACGCAGCUCGUGAGACCCCCGGAAGCACCUGGCAAUUUACUGGCAGAUACUGGUGAUGCUGGGAAAUCUGGUGUUCACUGUGGUGAGGAAGCUGCUGUCACGUUGCCCCAGUUGUCCAUUAACCCAGAUGACAAUUCAGCUGCACAUGAAUCUUUAGAAGAUCUUCGCAUUGAUGAAAGGGUUGGAGCUCUGGUGGGAGGAAUAACUGUUAUCCCUGGCAGGGAACUCGAAACUGUUGAGGAGGCUUUGCAAGUGACAUUUGAUCGUGCUCAGUGGGAAGGCUGGUAUAACUCUGAAGGUCUCAUUUCUCGUCAAUCUAUUAAUGGUGAACAGUAUAAUCAAAAGAGUGAUGAAGCAUUGAGAUAUUUGAAUGUCAAAACCAAAGAAGCUGCUGAAUUGAGGUUAACAGACUCAUCUGGCAAGGAUUUUGGCUUUAUCGGUGAUGAGUUGAAUGAGUGGUUUUCUGGCCAAUGGCCAUGCAAUGGUGGUGACUGGAGAAGAAAUGAUGAAGGCACGCAAGAUAAGUUUUCUAGAAAGAAACCUGUUCUGAACAACGGCUACCCACUGUGCCAGAUGCCGAAGUCUGGGAAUGAGGACCCACGAUGGCAUCAAAAAGAUGAUUUAUCUUAUCCUUGUCAGAGCAAAAAGCUUGACCUUCCUUCUUGGGCCUUUUCUGGUCCGGAACCUGCUGUACCGAGGGGAAUGAAGGGAACCAUGCUACCGGUUGUCAGGAUAAAUUCAUUGGUGGUCAAGGAGCAAGGUUCAUUGGUUUCAGAGCCCCGAGGCAAAGCUAGAGGAGGAAAAGAGAGGUACUCUUCAAGGUCUGUUCGGACUUUCUCUACUACCAUUGAUGUCAAGCGCUCACUGGCAGAAGGCGAUUCUCAAUUGAAAUCUCUUACUAAUCAAGAGUCACUGGCUUUGUCAAAGUCGGACACUUCUAUUAAUACACCCAAAGACCGUCUCUGCACUGUUGAUGACUUGCAAUUGCAUUUGGGUGACUGGUACUAUCUUGAUGGUGCUGGGCAUGAUCAAGGGCCCUUUUCAUUCUCAGAGCUCCAGAUCUUGGUAGAUGAGGGUACUAUCCAAAAAUAUAGUAGUGUGCACAGAAAAUUUGAUAAUAUUUGUGUGCCUGUUACUCGAGCUGCAAAGAUUUCUGAAGCCACUGUCAAGAUUCAACAGGAGAAUGUUGGACCAUCUGCUGAUUCUUCUGGGCCUACAAAAUUGCAUUGUGCUGCUCCUUGUGAAAGUAACACAAGUUCCAUUUCAUUUCAUAACAUGCAUCCGCAGUUCAUUGGUUAUACCCGUGGGAAGCUGCACGAAUUGGUAAUGAAAUCAUACAAGAGCCGGGAAUUUGCUGCAGCUAUAAACAAGGUUUUAGAUCCAUGGCUCAGUGCAACACUGCCAAAGAAAGAGACUGGAAAUCAUAUAUACAGGAAAUCAGAAAUUGAUCAACGAGGUGGUAAAAGAGCCCGAUUACAAGUUGAUGAAAGUGACGAGGACUAUGAAAUGGAGGAAGAUUUGCAAACUGGUCAAAAGGAUGAGACAACAUUUGACGAUUUAUGCAGUGGUUCUACUUUCUGCAGAGAAAAGAGUUCAUGUUCUGAAGCAGAGACAGGGAGUUGGGGUUUACUGGAUGGUUAUGUGUUGGCCCGUGUAUUUCAUUUUUUGAGAUUUGACAUGAAAUCUGUUACCUUGGCUUCUUUGACUUGUAAACAUUGGAGGGCUGCAGCCAAGUUUUACAGGGGUAUUUCAAGACAGGUUGAUGUAUCAUCCGUUGGUGCUAGCUGCACAGACUCCAUAAUCUGGAAUAUCAUGAGCGGGUAUAACAAAGAAAGGAUACAUACAAUGGUUCUCAAUGGCUGCACAAACAUUACUUCUGGCAUGCUUGAAGAUAUUCUCUGCUCUUUUCCUUGUUUAUCUUCAAUAGAUGUUAGAGGUUGUGGCCAAUUUGAAGAGAUGGCCCUCAAAUUCCCAGAUGUCAACUGGCUCAAGAAUCGAACUUUGCAUGGCUCAAAGGUCCCUGAGGAGUUGAAUUUGAAGACAAGGAAUCUCAAACAGAUCACUGAGAAAACUCCAUCCCUAUAUAGGCCUAGGGCUCUUGGUAACCGUAUGGAUGAUUUUGGGGAGCUGAAGGAUUAUUUUGACAGUGUAGAUAAGAGAGAUUCGGCAAAUCAAUUGUUUCGUCGGAGCUUAUAUAAGCGUUCAAAACUUUUUGACGCCAGAAGGUCCUCAGCUAUUCUAUCUAGGGAUGCUCGUAUCAGGCAAUGGGCGAUCAAAAAGUCUGAAAGUAGCUAUAAGAGGACAGAGGGAUUUCUUGCUUCUAGUUUGAAGGACAUUAUGAAGGAAAAUACAUUUGAAUUUUUUGUGCCCAAGGUGGCAGAAAUUGAGGAUAGAAUGAAGAAUGGUUAUUAUAUUACCCAUGGAUUAAGUGCUGUCAAGGAGGACAUCAGUCGAAUGUGCAGGGAUGCAAUCAAGGCAAAAAGUCGUGGUGCUGGAAACAUGAAUCGCAUUACUACGCUCUUCCUCAAACUUGCCACACGGUUAGAGCAGAGUUCUAGAUUUUCGUAUGAAAGAGAUCAGAUGAUUAAGUCGUGGAAAGAUGAUUUGUCAGCUGGGUCCGGCUCCACUUCCUCAAAAUAUAAGAAGAGGCUAGAUAAAUUAGUUGCUGACAGGAAGUACAGGACUAACGGCUCAAAUUUGUCGAAUGGUGGUUUUGAUGUUGGAGAGUAUGCAUCUGAUCGAGAAAUCAGAAGGAGAUUAUCCAAAUUGAAUAGAAAAUCUUUAGACUCUGGAAGCGAAACUUCUGAUGACCUUGAUCGGUCAUCUGAAGAUGGCAAGAGUGAUAGUGAGAACACUAACUCAGAUACAGAAAGUGAUUUGGAUCUGCGAUCAGAAAGUCAAGCUGGGGAGUCAAGGGCAGAUGGAUACUUAACAGCAGAUGACAGAUUUGAUCCUCUGACUGAUGAACGUGAGUGGGGGGCUCGCAUGACGAAAGCAAGCUUGGUUCCUCCUGUUACUAGGAAAUAUGAAGUGAUUGAUCAAUAUGUAAUAGUAGCAGAUGAGGAGGAGGUACGGAGGAAAAUGUCCGUCUCUUUGCCAGAGGACUAUGCUGAGAAGCUUGAUGCCCAGAAAAAUGGCUUAGAAGAGUUGGAUAUGGAACUUCCUGAAGUCAAGGACUAUAAACCUAGGAAACAGCUUGGGGAUGAAGUUAUAGAACAAGAAGUUUAUGGAAUUGAUCCAUAUACUCAUAAUCUUUUGCUUGAUUCCAUGCCGGAGGAUUUACAUUGGCCUCUACCGGAAAAGCAAUUAUUCAUUGAAGACGUGCUCCUCCGUACUCUUAAUAGGCAAGCUAGGAAAUUUACUGGUACUGGGAACACUCCGAUGAUAUAUCCACUGAGGCCUAUUAUAGAAGAAAUUGAAAAGACAGCUGGGGACUGUGACAUGCGAAUGGUGAAAAUGUGUCAUGGCAUACUGAAAGCCAUAGACAGUCGUCCUGAUGAUAAAUAUGUUGCUUACAGAAAGGGGCUUGGUGUUGUUUGCGACAAGGAAGGGGGUUUUGGCGAAUAUGAUUUUGUUGUUGAGUUCCUGGGAGAGGUUUAUCCUGCUUGGAAAUGGUUUGAGAAGCAAGAUGGUAUUCGAUCUUUGCAAAAAGACAACAAAGAUGCUCCAGAAUUUUAUAACAUUUAUCUUGAGAGGCCAAAGGGGGAUGCUGAUGGGUAUGAUUUGGUUGUUGUUGAUGCGAUGCAUAAGGCAAAUUAUGCAAGUCGAAUUUGUCAUUCAUGCAGGCCUAAUUGUGAAGCUAAAGUCACUGCCGUAGAUGGUCAAUACCAGAUUGGGAUUUAUACUGUGCGUGAAAUUCGAUAUGGGGAGGAAGUUACGUUUGAUUAUAAUUCAGUAACAGAGAGUAAGGAGGAAUACGAAGCUUCUGUUUGUUUAUGUGGUUCCCAAGUUUGCCGGGGCAGCUACUUAAACCUUACUGGCGAAGGGGCUUUCCAAAAGGUAUUGAAGGAGUGGCACGGUAUACUGAAUCGCUAUCAGUUAAUGCUAGAAGCUUGUGAGUUGAAUUCAGUAUCUGAAGAGGAUUACCUGGACUUGGGGAGAGCUGGUCUUGGCAGUUGUUUGCUUGGUGGGUUGCCGGAUUGGGUGGUUGCAUUUUCAGCUAGACUGGUGAGGUUCAUAAACUUGGAAAGAACAAAGCUUCCAGAAGAAAUCCUGAGGCAUAAUAUAGCAGAAAAAAGAAAAUAUUUUACGGAAAUAUGUCUUGAGGUUGAGAAAAGUGAUGCCGAGGUUCAGGCAGAAGGUGUCUACAACCAGAGGCUUCAAAAUUUGGCUGUUACUCUCGACAAGGUGAGGUAUGUAAUGAGACGUGUGUUUGGUGACCCAAAGAAAGCUCCACCUCCACUGGAGAAGCUUAGUCCUGAAGAAGCCGUCUCCUUCCUCUGGAAUGGAGAGGGCUCCCUGGUUGAGCAACUUCUUCAGUGUAUGGCUCCUCAUGUUGAGGAAGACAUACUCAAGGAUUUAAAGUUGAAGAUCCAUGCACAUGAUCCAUCAGGUUCCAACGACAUUCAGAUAGGACUUCAGAAAUCUUUAUUAUGGUUGAGGGAUGCAGUUCGAGAUCUUCCAUGUACAUACAAGUCUCGACAUGAUGCUGCAGCUGACUUGAUCCAUAUUUAUGCUUAUACAAAGUGCUUUUUUAGAGUUCGGGAAUACAAAGCCGUAACUUCUGAACCAGUAUACAUUAGUCCCCUGGAUCUGGGCCCCAAGUAUGCUGAUAAGUUGGGUGCAGGUUUACAUGAGUUUUGUAAGACAUAUGGUGAGAAUUAUUGCUUGGGACAACUGAUUUUUUGGCAUAUCCAGACUAAUUCUGAGCCAGAUAAUAGCUUCCUUAGAGCAAGUCAGGGUUGCAUGUCAUUACCUGAGAUUGGUUCUUUCUAUGCCAAAGUUCAGAAGCCAUCUCCGCAGCGUGUCUAUGGCCCAAAGACGGUGAAAUUUAUGCUGGCAAGAAUGGAGAAGCAGCCCCAAAGACCGUGGCCCAAGGAUCGAAUUUGGUCGUUCAACAAUUCUCAAAAAGUUUUUGGUAGUCCAAUGUUAGAUGCUGUUCUGAAUAACACUUCACUUGAUAGGGAGAUGGUGCAAUGGCUAAGGCACAGACCUGCUGUAUUUCAAGCCACGUGGGAUCGGUGAGCUUUUUGCCGGGUUGGGGGUCUUUAGGAAGCAGUAGUGGGGUUAUCAACCAACCUCUAUUAGUGUUUUGGAGUGAUUCCUCAAUUUUAGUUGCAGCUGCCCCUUAUGACAGUGGGAGUUGCGGAUCAUUCCGAAACAUCAUUCGUUGUGCUGCUUUUUCUCAUUCAUGUGUAUAGUUUUUCAUUUUCUUGUUCUCUUAGCUCUUUGUUAGUCCUUGUAAUUUGUAAUUCAUUUAUCAAGUAGGAAAACAAAUUUUUUUCCCAAUCUGAAUUGAAGUAAAAGAAAUGAAAGGUAAGAAAAGUUCUAGUGCAAUCUGCUGUUGUUUGGUUCA